AAUCGGCCAGACAUAUUGGAGAGAAGUAGAGCUUCUGUGGACAUGCUCUGCAGACACAACUACAAGCUGGGUGCACCCUUCACUGUGGGGAGAAAAGUGCAACCAGAGGUGACAGUAUAUCCGGAGAGGCCCCCAACCCUGCAGCACCACAGCGUGCUGCUUUGCUCUGUGACAGGUUUCUAUCCAGGGGACAUUACGAUCAGAUGGUUCCGGAAUGGGCAGGAAGACAGAGCGGCGAUCAUGUCCACUGGCCUUAUCAGGAAUGGAGACUGGACCUUUCAGAAAAUGGUGAUGCUGGAAAUGACUCCUGAGCUUGGAGACGUCUACACCUGCCUUGUUGAGCAUGCCAGCCUGCCAAGCCCUGUGUCUGUGGAGUGGAGAGCUCAGUCUGAGUACUCUUGGAGAAAGGUGCUAAGUGGAGUGGUAGCCUUCCUGCUUGGGCUUAUCUUCCUUCUGGUGGGGAUCACCGUUCAUCUCAGGGCUUGGAAAGGGUAUGUGGAGACUCAGCUGUCUGGAGAUGAGUUCUCAAGAGCUGUCUCCCCACCACCGCCGCACUAAGGUCCUGACUGAAGCUUCUCGCCUGGAGCCUGGAGUAGUACUGACUGAUGUGGGGCCUGGACUAAGUAAUGGACGCUCGCGAGGUCACUGUUCCUGAGUAGCCCUUUUCUGUGAGGCCUUGGAGGAGUUCUGUGUUCCGAGAUCAUGCAUCUGUCACCCUCCUGCCCUCCUUCCUCCUGCUUGUAUGUGUCAUGAGUCCCCGUUUCCAAGGACAGUGUCCAGAAAUUCCCCUAAGACCUAACUCCUUCCAGUCCCAAACUGUUUACUUUCUGUGGUCUGGUCCUAAGACUGUAAGCUGUUAUCCCUAAUCUUCCUCUCCUCCAACUGCUGUCCCCACAGUUUUUGGAAGACAAAUGCUCAGAUCGUCACUGUUUCCUUUUCACUA